UGCUGACAGUAUAAAGUAGUUCAAAGCAGACCAGAAAUGUAAUCCAAAAAAGAAAAGGAAGCCUAAAAAGUUGCAGAAUAGUGUCCAUUGUGAUACAACUACUGUAGAUUUGAAAGCAGAGAAAGAGAACAGGAAAAAGAGUAAAAUGGAGGGAACUAUGAGGAAAGAGGGUGUUGCUGCAGCAAAAAAGUACAAAUUUUUCCAGCCAGAAGUAAAGGUCUUCAGCGAUGUCACACACAGCCCAAACACAACAUUUGAUAGGUUACUUCGCAGUUCCAGGAAACCAUUGGUCGACAAAAAUUCGUUGAGUGGUGUGAAACAUCAGGUUGAACACAAUGACUCAGUGCUACUUUCACCUUGGCAUUGUCUACCAAUAGACAAAGGAAGUAACAGAACACGUUCUCCAAUUUUGAUUUCACCUGUUUUCCCAGCAGUUUCAGUUCGUAAUAAAUGAAGGAACAACAAUAAUGAUCUGAAGAGAGAUGGCAGAAAU